GUGAGGAGCCUGCUGCUGCUGCUCCCAGGGCAGAGUGUCUUCAUUGAGGCUGCUGCUGGCUGAGGGCUGAGGGAAGAUGCCUCUGGCUCUGCUGGCUCUGGCUCUGGCUGUGGGGCUCUCCUCCGCCUUGGACGCCUCCCUGCUGCCCCCGAGCCCCCCGGCCACCGAGGAAGGAGCCCUACUCUUCGCCCAGGACUACAACAGCACCGGGGAAGGCGUCUUCUUCCAGAGCGUCUCCGCCAGCUGGGACUACAAUACCAACCUGACGGACUACAACUCCCAGAUGCAGGUAGCAUCUUCUCUGAAGGAGCAGGAAUUCAUAGAGGCUUGGGGGAAGAAGGCAAAAGAAAGCUAUGGCAACAUCUGGCAGAACUUCAGUGAUCCUCAGCUGAAGAAAAUAAUCAGUUCCAUCCAGACAUUAGGACCUUCCAACUUGCCUAUGGAAAAGCGGCAGAGGUAUAACACUAUCUUGAGUGAGAUGGACAACAUCUACUCCACUGCCAAGGUGUGUCUACCAAACCAGAACUCCAACUGUUGGGCUCUAGAGCCAGAUAUAACAGACAUCAUGGCAAACUCCCGCAGUUACAGAAAACUACUCUAUGCUUGGGAAGGAUGGCACAAUUCGGCAGGCAAUCCUCUAAGGCCCAAGUAUGAGGAAUUUGUUUCAUUAAGCAAUGAGGCGUAUACAAUGGAUGGUUUCAAGGAUACUGGUGCUUACUGGCGCUCAUGGUAUGACUCACCAACAUUUGAAGAUGAUCUGGAAGAACUCUAUCAUCAGCUGGAGCCACUCUACCUAAACCUGCAUGCUUUUGUUAGGAGGAAACUGUAUGACUGGUAUGGUCCCAAAUAUGUCAACCUGAAAGGACCCAUUCCAGCACAUUUAUUCGGUAACAUGUGGGCCCAGCAAUGGAACAACAUUUAUGAUAUGAUGGUCCCUUUCCCAAAUAAACCUAAUCUGGAUGUCACCAGCACCAUGCAGCAACAAAAUUGGACCGUAACGCACAUGUUCCGGGUGUCGGAGGAGUUCUUCACCUCGCUUGGCAUGCUUGGAAUGCCACCUGAAUUCUGGGAGAAAUCCAUGCUGGAGAAGCCAACAGAUGGGCGGGAGGUGGUGUGCCAUGCAUCGGCAUGGGACUUCUUCAAUCGCAAAGACUUCAGGAUAAAACAGUGCACAACCAUCACCAUGGAGCAGCUCUUCACAGUACACCAUGAAAUGGGGCAUGUUGAAUACUAUCUUCAGUAUAAGGACCAACCUGUCACAUUCCGGAGUGGGGCCAACCCUGGCUUUCAUGAAGCCAUUGGGGAUGUUAUGAGCUUAUCCGUCUCUACCCCUGCCCACCUCAAGAAAAUUGGUUUGCUCAAUGAAAUCACCGAAGAUGCAGAGAGUGACAUCAAUUACCUGCUCAAAAUGGCUCUGGAAAAAAUUGCAUUUCUUCCUUUUGGUUACCUGAUAGACCAGUGGCGAUGGAACGUUUUCAAUGGGCGCACCCCUCCCAGCCGCUACAAUUAUGAUUGGUGGUACCUGAGAACAAAGUACCAGGGGAUUUGCCCUCCUGUUGCAAGAAAUGAAACAAACUUUGACCCUGGUGCUAAAUAUCACAUCCCUGGCAACACACCUUAUAUCAGGUACUUCGUUAGUUUCAUCCUGCAGUUCCAGUUUCACAAGGCUCUUUGCCAAGCUGCCAACCACACUGGGCCUCUUCAUACCUGUGACAUCUACCAAUCCACAGAAGCUGGAAAGAAGCUCAGUGAGGCAUUGAGGACUGGAUCUUCCCAGCCCUGGCAGGAUAUUCUUCAACAACUCACUGGCACAAACAAGAUGGAUGCUACACCACUACUGGAAUAUUUCAGCCCUGUUACUUUAUGGCUGCAAGAACAGAACAGGCAAACUAAUGAAACACUGGGCUGGCCAGACUUUGAGUGGCGUCCUCCUAUCCCAGAGGGCUACCCAGAAGGCCUUGAUAAAGUAACUGAUGAAGCAGCGGCUGAAAAAUUCAUAGAAGAAUACAACAGCACAGCUGAAGUGGUAUGGAAUGCUUACACCGAGGCUUCUUGGGCAUACAAUGUCAACAUCACAGAACACAACAAAAAGAUCAUGUUAGAAAAGAAUCUAGAAAUGUCAAACCACACCUUGCACUAUGGUCUCCAGGCUCGGACAUUUGAUUCCACUGAUUUCAAGGACUCCAGCAUAAAGCGUAUUCUGAAGAAACUAAGUGAUAUCGAGCGGGCAGCCCUACCUGAACAGGAACUGAAGGAGUAUAAUCAUCUCCUCUCAGAAAUGGAGACAAUUUACAGCGUGGCCAAAGUUUGCACAAAAGAGAAAGUUUGCAAAUCACUUGAUCCUGAGCUUACGAAUAUCAUGGCCCAAUCUAGGGACUAUGAUGAACUCCUCCAUGCGUGGAAAGACUGGCGGGAUGUGUCAGGCAAGAAAAUCCGGACCCACUUCAAGAGAUAUGUAGAGCUGAGCAAUAAAGCUGCCAGACUAAAUGGCCACACAGACAAUGGUGCUUUCUGGAGAUCAUUAUAUGAAACACCAACUUUUGAAACAGAUCUGGAGAGCAUCUGGCAAGAGCUUCAGCCACUGUACUACAAUCUACAUGCCUAUGUACGUCGGGCUCUCUACAAGAAAUAUGGUGCAGACCACAUCAAUCUCAAGGGCCCUAUCCCUGCUCAUUUGCUAGGAAACAUGUGGGCACAGUCAUGGGCAAACAUUUUUGACCUUGUGAUGCCCUUCCCAAAUGCUAUCAAAGUGGAUGCCACACCAGCCAUGAAAAGCCAGGGCUGGACACCAAAGAGGAUGUUUGAAGAGUCAGAUAAUUUCUUUAAGUCACUGGGCCUCAUCCCUAUGCCUCCUGAGUUCUGGAAAGAAUCCAUGCUAGAAAAGCCAAAGGAUGGGAGGGAAGUGGUAUGCCAUGCAUCAGCCUGGGACUUCUACAACCGCCAAGAUUUCAGAAUUAAGCAAUGCACUGUUGUGAAUAUGGAUGACUUAAUAACAGCUCACCAUGAAAUGGGCCAUGUCCAGUAUUUUCUGCAGUACAAGGACCAGCCCAUCUCAUUUCGUGAUGGUGCCAAUCCAGGAUUCCAUGAAGCCGUUGGAGAUGUCAUGGCACUAUCAGUGUCCACACCAAAGCACUUAUUCAGCAUCAAGCUGUUAAAUCAGGUGGAAGACAAUUCUGAGAGUGAUAUCAACUACCUGAUGAGCAUUGCAUUGGAUAAGAUUGCUUUCCUGCCCUUUGGCUAUCUGAUGGACCAGUGGAGAUGGAAAGUUUUCGAUGGGCGUAUUACUGAGGAUGAGUACAAUCAACAGUGGUGGAAUCUCAGAAUGAAAUACCAAGGUGUGUGUCCACCUGUGCCAAGAUCAGAAGAUGAUUUUGACCCAGGGGCAAAAUUCCAUAUACCUGCCAAUGUCCCCUAUGUCAGAUACUUCGUUAGUUUUGUAAUCCAGUUCCAAUUCCACCAAGCUCUUUGUCAUGCUGCUGGCCACACAGGACCCUUGCACAAGUGUGACAUCUACAACUCCGAGGCAGCUGGAACAAUCCUGGGGAAUGCCUUGAAGCUGGGCUACAGCAAGCCAUGGCCUGAAGUCAUGCAACUUAUCACAGGGCAACCCAACAUGUCUGCUAAGGCUUUGCUGACUUAUUUUCAACCGCUGACAGACUGGCUCAUCAGUGAGAACUUGAGAAAUGAGGACAUUCUGGGCUGGCCUCAAUACACCUGGCUACCCUAUACGGGCCAAGUGCAACCAAACAGCAAAGUCAGUUUCCUUGGAAUGACGAUGACCAGCAGUCAAGCUACAACAGGCCAGUGGAUUUUGCUUAUUCUUGGACUCAUCUUUCUCAUUGCAGCAAUAGUCUUGGGGACCCAUUAUUACCAGACCAGAAGAGGAGCCCCCAAAUCUAGCAUGGAAAUGGAGUUGAAAUAAGUUGUAUGAUUUUAAUCUCUCUUAUGCUGUGCCUCCAAUUGAAUGUGAAAAGAUGCAGAGGGAGGCUGCGUGUUUAUGUGUGAGAGAGUGCGCAUGUGUAACAGGCAAGGGUAUGCUAAUGUGAGUGUAAGAGUGUGUGUGUGUGUGUGUGUCUGGUCAAGAGUGUGAUUAUAUGGGCUGAGAAAGGGUGUGUAUUUGUGGGCAUAUACACUGUGCAUGUCUGUGUACUGGAGUUCUAUGACUAAAGUGUAUGUAUAUGAGUUGUGGGUACACAUAUGUCCCUGCAUCUUGUGUGGCCUAAACUGGAAGGCAGAAUUCAAGCACGGACAAUGCUGCACACAUGUGGUCACUGAUCCAGUUUGAGGGGCAGCCUUGCACAAACAGGGCAGUUGAGUCAGCAAAGACACAGGACUCUUUCUUCUGAUCAGUUCUUCAAAAACCUUUUGAUUAUGCAAGAACCAAAGCAAAAAAGAAAAAAGAAAAGGGGGGGAGGGGGAGAAAAACCUUUUAUUUAUUGUAAAUGUCUAGAUUCCUGAAGGAAGAAAAACAAUGGAAAGGAAUGAAGAAUGAAACUGCGUGAUUAGGUUUUGGUGGUGGCAAUGACUGGACAGUAUAAAUCAAUGUUGACUCAGUGGUUUCCCUCAAGUUUUUGGGAAAUAAUGAAUUCUACACCGAUUGCUGUAGCUGUGACAGGUGAUACGUUAGGCAGCAGAGGCUGUUUCUCUGAGAGUUGAGUGUGCUUGCUUCAGGCAGUUUCUAAAAGGCUGUUUGGUGCAUGGAAGACAAUUAAAAUGGAUAGUACAACUUCACUGGCUCUGCCAUUUCGUGUGAAAAAGAAAAGGGACAGAUGAAGAUGGAUUGCAAGUCAGUAAUUCUUCAGGGGGGAAAGUGCGUGUACAAAGAAAGCAAGCCAGUACCAUGCCAGCAGGAUUGUUCGUUGUAUGCUACUUUGGUUACUUGAAGGAAGCCAUUCAGAAAUAUUUGGGGGGGGGGAGGUGGUGAUGGUGUAUGUAUUAAAUCCACAUUGAACUAUGGCUUACAAUCAGCUGUUGUACAACAAUUUCAUUGGAGAAUCUUCUGCUGUCCUUUCUUUGCCUCACUUGAUCAUAAAGAGCAGCAAAACUGAUCAACAACUGUGAAGACAAAAAAGCAACUUGUACAACAGAGAGCAGGGCUGGCCAGUGGGCCUGUUAAUGUAGGGGCAGUGAUUCCCAGUAAAUUUUGGUCUUACUACUGAUCCUCCCAUAGCUGCACCAGUUGUACAGGAGCUAUGCAAGUGUUAGAUCCUGCUCCCAACAGAUGUUCUGCUCCAGGAGAGCUCCCAUAUGACCCAGAGCAGCAGUGAGAGAACAGCCAUAAAAGUGAGAAUGGAUUUACUGCUCCUGCAACAACAGAUGCACCAGCCACCCCUCUGAGGAAGCAUUGCAGAAGCUUCCUCAAACCCCAGUUGUGUCUCCAUGAAAAGAUAUACCAAACUCUGCAACUCCAGCCAUGUUUCUCUGCCCUCCCCCACCCGUCUUUUUGCUGGGCUUUAUCUGUUCUACACAUUUGUAUGAAUACAUUGCAUACAAGCAAUAAACCUGUGUCUUUGCUAUGCCAUUUAGUCUGCAGAUGAGUACUCAUGUGACAGAAUGCUUUCCUGGAGAGGAAAAAAACAGCACUCAGGGAACUGGCAACUCAGGGAGAAGGUUAGAUUACAACUCUUCUCUCUGCUAUCUAUUGGAGUACGCCAGCGGUCUCCAGAAAUUGUUGUUCACCAAUCUCCCAAAGCAUUGGUCAUUGUCCAUGCUGGCAGGUAACUCUGGCAAUGGUCCCACAAGAUCUAGGGACCAAAGCUUAGGGACCACUGUCCUAUCUGAUAGGAUGUUGUUGUUAUCAGUUUGUAGGAAAGAAGAUUCCAUCCUGUGAACUCCCUCCUUCAGUUUACCCAUUUCAUGUAUUCUCUAGCCAAUAGAUUUUUAAGAGUAAAAGAAUAUUAUGGAAUCUCAGUACUAGGCUAUGAUACCGGGUGAACAACAGAAUCCUGAAAUGUUCUUUUUUAAUCAAGAAAGCCACAAAUCAGCAUUGUGAAAAGACAUGCACCACAUCCUAGUAAGGCCACCCUGCCCUUCUCCACUUCUGCAGUUGCCUUCUGCUUACUGCCAAGUAGGAGGGAUUCCCAGAAGUUGCAAAUUCAGACCAGGUAAGGAGUCUGCCACCAUCUAAAUUUUGCAUGCAUUGCUGGGUGAGAUUCAGCUUGCAUUUCCCUUAUCCCCAUGCAGUUAGCAUAAAAUCAUGUGGCUUGAGCAUGUGUGUCCUGCUCUCACACAGAACCAGAAUUUGAAGUACCCAAAGUUCAGAUGCCAUAACAAGAGGUAUCUGGUGUCAAACAGUACAGUUUCAGAAGCUGUAAAUCAGAGUCUAAACAGGCAAGAUAUCUGAUCAAGUAUUCACAGUUGCCAAAUCAGGUCAAGAGGUGAACGGAAAGGUUGCUUCCAGUACUUUGACUGAAGGAAGUUCCCAGCUUACAAGCUCAGCCACACCCAUAGUUCAGACAGUAUUUCAAGAGUGCACUUCACUGCUAUGUGCAUGGAGCCUUUUGCUGUAUCUGCAGGGGAGUGUUUGUGCUAGAUGACAAUGCCUUCUCCUUUCCCCAAGUCUUGGAGGUCUUUCAUCCAAACCUUCCUGCUGUGAAUCCUGUGGACUUGGAGGAGGACUCAGCAUCAAGGAUCUGUUCCAGCUGUGUUAUCUAGGAUGACAAACUCUCCAAGGGGAGCACAAUAUCCUGAGAGGUUAUUACAUGGGUACUUCAAGGAGCAGCUGACCUCAUGAUCUGAUAUAAAAUACUUUAUCAAACUUUAUUAAAUUUCACCUUUACUCUGUAUAGUCAGCGGUGCUGAUUGACUGGUGCAGGAAAUCCCUGUGAACAAGGCUGGCAAAAUUAUGUUUGGGAUACAUGUUACAUGAUGGAUGGGACAACUCAGGAGAUGAGCAGCAAAUGAGGAGGAGGAGUGAGAAUCAGAAAAAUAUUUCCCCCUCUGCCAUAGACUGGUUUGAAAUGUAAAUGCUUAGCUUGUGGUUUGAGCAAAAGGCAGGAGUUACUUGCUAUCAGCUUGGGGCAGGUGUAUUUCGAAGGGACACACUUGUCAGGCUUUAAAGUAUCCUCAGAUUGUAAAAAUUAAGUUGUAAAAUUAAAGUUUGAAAACAUGAAUGUUGGUGAAAUGGAAAUGGACCUGUAGUGAUUGAGUCCGUCGUGUGUGUUCUGCUCUUGCCCAUUGGCAGCAAGUGAAUAUAUAUUAUACAAAACCAGUGUCCAUGUAAUUGUUCAUUUAUGUCCCAAACUCAAAUUGUCUUCAAGUGAGUGAAUCUUUUUAGGAUCUUUGUCCAGAACGCUGAAAUAUCUGGGCUUCAGAAGCUCAGAAUUCUCAAAUCAUUAAGGUCUUCAAAGAGAAUAUGAAUCAUUCUUCCAGGACUUAGGCAAAGCCUCAGGCAGCAGACUCUGAGUAUCAAAAAAGGACAGCCAGUUAUUUAUAUGAAUAGUCAUGGUUGUAUUUUUGCUUCCCAGUAGAGGAAUAUUUUAACAUGGCUGGUUUUGGAUGCCAUGCACCAUGAUUCAAGGAAGAGUGUCACUUGCUGCAUUAGCUCAGGCAGCUAACAGUUCUGUCCACCACACCAAAGGAGUUUUGAAUGGCACCAACAGCACUGGGAUGGUGGGACAGUUAAUUUCUGCUCCUUCUGAAGCAUAGGAGAUUAUCACACUAGGGCCAAUUGCACAACAAUCACACUACAGUAUUUGAAGAUAACAGAGGCAUAGCACUACAGCGAUCAGUAUUUUCAUGCAGUCACGCAAUUGCAUGAUAAUGAUAUAAAAAUGAAAGAGAAACACAAUUGCAUUCCAUAUACAUCCAUUCUUGUAUCGUUAGUAUAUUGUUAUUGAACGUUUCAGGCACGCACUGUUUUCGUGCUACUGUGCAUUCCAGAAAAUCAUGAUUCCAUCCCAAACAGAAAAUAAAAUCUAUAUAUUUAACAUUAUUUUUAUCUAGUUGAAACAAACUCAUGUCCUGCUCAGAAGUUAAAAUGACAUUAACAGAUUAGAGAGCUGGGCCAGAAUUAACAAAUGCAUUUAAACAGGGAGAAAUGCAAUGUACUACACUUGCAUGAAAAAUGGCAUGCACAGAUAUAGGAUGGGGGACACCUGGCUUGACCACAGUACAUGUGAAAGGGAUCUAGGGGUCCUAGGAAAUCACAAGCUAAAUAUGAAUCAACAGUGUGAUGCAGCAACUAAAAAAGCCAAUAUGAACCUAGGGGUAUAGUGUUUAGAUCAUGGAAAGUAAUUGUGCCAGUCUGUUCUGCUUUGGGAAAAUGUGUACAGUUCUGGGCACUUCAAUUCAAGAGGAGCUGGAGUAUGUCCAGAGGAGGGUGACCAAAAUGGUGAAAGGUCUGGAAACCAUGCCCUAUAAUGAAUUGCUUAAUCUCAAAACUGACCUAUUCCUCAGCCUAGUACUUGAGCUGAUCUCUACCCACUUCAGCAGGAGAGCAGACUUUCCAGUUCCCUCCUGCUGUAGUGCAGUUUUAUCAAUAAAAUUCUGGCAUCCAUUAUUUCAAAAUCUGUUUAAAGUGGAGUUUCUUGCACAGUAAGAGAGUACAUCAACAGCAAAGAGAGAAGAAAAAGCAAUGACAUCUACAGAUUUUCAAAAGGGAGGCUGCUUCUCUUCAUCACUUCCAUGAAAACAACCAAAGAAGGUGGCAGUGGUCAUGCUCAAAUCUAUUAAAUAAAUGAACAAACAUAACCUGUACUGAAUAACCUUGUUUUAGUCUAGUGCUGUUGGGCUCAGUCUUUACAUAUGAUUGCCUGAAAAUACCUUUACUAGUUCCUUAACAGCUAAGCGUUUGCCUAUCCUAUUACACAUUCGACAACAACCAGCCAGGUAGUUUCUGCACGACAAGCUGGCAGUUUUUAUUGACUUUGUAACUGCUGUGAAGCAUCUCAGGGGAUUAUCAGAUGUGGGAUAUCUGUCCCUGUGCUGUCAUGUUUCCAUCUUUCCUGUGCAAUCACAGGAAGGACUUUCAAACAGGAUUCACACUUAUCCCAUCUGGGAAGUGCAAAUGAUGGCAAUCAUAGAAGAGGCUUUCAGAUGAAGUCAUGCCAAUCUCGUCAUUAUCCCACCAUUAAAGCGACAUUGGCUGGCAUUUUGCAUUAACAAAAUUCACGUUAAUACAAUGCCACUUUAAUGACAGGUUAACGGCAGGAUUGGAACUACAGUUUGAAAGCCUUUCACACCAUAGCAGUCAUGGACAGGUUCUUGUGCCUAUCCUAUCCCCAUGUGAAAAUCUCCAUAGUAUUGUAACAUACCUAAAAUGAAUACAGUGGUCUUUUGGUAUCCACUGGGGUUUGGUUCAGGACCUGUGGAUAUGUGAAUCUACAUACAUGUGGGUGGUCACAUUCUGUUAUACACAAUGGCAUAAUA